UACCAGCUUUGUAUUGACCGCCAUUACCACUUUCAUGGGACAAAUGUACGGAAGCCUAGCAACCUGACUUCUGUGUUGAAUAGGCUGCGACUGCUGCUCAUUGUGGACGGCCCGAGCGUAGACUGAGCGGGAAAAUAGGUAGAUCCUGCUCGCAUAGGUCACAGCGAUCUACACUCACCUCUGACGCUGCCGAGUGCGCGCGUGAACGGACCUGGUUAACAGUAACGCACUAUGUCUACCCGGAAAGGCCUCUUCCUGUUAGCCUGGGUUUUCUUCGUUCAUCUCGCUGGGCUCUAUCUCUACACCCGCGGAUUUCUCUUGACUCGACUGGCACUUUCGGAGAGAACGACUUGCGCGGAUGGUUCCUGCACGCUCGCGCCAACGCACAGGAGAGCUAUAGUUCUGAUCAUCGAUGCAUUACGGUUCGACUUCGUCAGCCCAGACCCGCCGCAGCCAGUCUCCCCGUACCAUCACAAUGUACUGACUGUGGCAAGCGAUAUGACCACUGCACACCCUGGGCACUCGUUCCUCUUCGAUUCAUUCGCAGACCCGCCAACGACGACCUCCCAGCGCAUCAAAGGUCUCACGACAGGCUCGCUCCCCACAUUCAUCGACAUGGGCGCGAACUUUGGUAGUGCAUCGGUCGCGGAGGACACCCUCAUCAGCCAGCUUCAAGAUGCAGGCAAGAAGGUAGCCUUCAUGGGUGAUGACACCUGGACGACCGUCUUCACCGACGUGUUCUCGCCGGAGAUGUGCUUCCCGUACGAGUCGUUCAACGUCGAGGACCUCCACACCGUCGACGAGGGCGUUGUUCGGCAUCUGUUCCCGCUUAUGAGCAAUGCGUCAGCACAAUGGGACGUCAUCAUCGGACACUUCCUUGGCGUGGACCACGUCGGGCACCGGGUAGGGCCUGACCACCCAAAGAUGCACGCCAAGCUCACGCAAAUGGACGACGUGCUCCGACGCGUUGUCCGCGAGAUGGAGGAUGACACGCUCCUCGUUGUCCUGGGAGACCACGGGAUGGACAGACGAGGCGAUCACGGCGGCGACGGUGUACUCGAGACGUCCGCCGCACUGUGGAUCUACAGCAAGACCCCUCUACUCCUGGGGCAUAACUCUGCACCGGUGUCGCUACUGCCAACUCGGCUUUUCCCCGGCGCCAAUGUUCCUCACCGAUCCGUCCAACAGAUCGACCUCGUUCCCUCCCUCGCACUGCUCCUUGGGAUCCCCAUCCCCUACAACAACCUUGGGACCGUCAUUCCUGAGCUCUUCGGUCGCAGCGGACAGCUUGAGCGUGCACUCGAGCUGAACACGAAGCAGGUAAAGCAGUACCUCGACACCUACCGCGCUAGCGCCUCCGGGGGCGAGCUCGACGGCGCGUGGGGCGACUUGCAAGAACGAUGGGCGGCCGUGCGAAAUACGCAGGGCGACGAGACACAGUGGAUCGCCAUGGAGGCGUACACGCGCUUCGCACUCGCAGUGUGCCGCGAGCUCUGGGCCCAAUUCAAUGUCACACUCAUCGGGCUGGGGUUGACGGUCCUGGUUACGGGUACAGUCGCCUCCGUAGCACUCUUUGCCAAGCUUGGCGAACUCAAGGACGACUGGGUGGAUUGGGCUGCAAAGACGCGUUGGCUCUGCGUGCGCGGGAUGGCCGCAGGAUCCGCCCUUGGUGUUAUAGCGUAUAUUCCACUGCGGCCGUUCAUGAAGGGUGUCGACGCCGUCCAUUGCAUCCUGUUCGGCGCCCCGUUGGUGUCGUCGCUCGUCAUCAUUGCCACCGCGCGGCCCAAAGCAUCCAGCCUUCGGCCGUCGUCUUCCCACAUUCUGCUUAUCCUGCAUGCGCUCGCCUUCGCUUCCAACUCAUUCACGAUCUGGGAGGACCGCAUCAUCACCUACCUGCUCAUUUCGUCCGUCGUGCCCUCUGUCCUCGCCGGGUUCUCCGCGCCCACCGCGCGCCUGCGCUACCGGAUCCUCGGCUUCUCCGCGCUCUUCGCGUUCUGCGUGCGUGCAAUGGCGGCGAGCACAGUCUGCAGGGAGGAACAGCACCCCUACUGCCACGUCACAUUCUUCGCGUCGUCCUCCCUCCCCGAGCCGCCACUCCUCGUGUUACUGCUCGCAGUGCCGACCGCGCUUGGGCUGCCCUUCAUCAUCCGGCGGUUCCUACAGGUGUCAAAGUCAGACAAUGGCGUCGCGGAGAUUGUGCUGCCGUUGCUCCUCCCCGUGGUGUUCCUCCAAGGCGCAGCGCAUUGGAUCGCGGAGUGGCUUGACACUGCGGAAGUGCUGGGUCCGGAAUGGCACUGGGUGCUACGGACAGGCCGGACGUUGAUGGCGCAGGGCGCGAUGGGCAGUACCGUUCUGUUCGGCCUGUUCGUGUGGUGGUACCAUCCGCUCUGUCUGUCUGUCAGCGCCAAGAAGCAAGCAGGCGCGGAUAGCGCUGGCGGGGAGGCGAAGACCAAGACGCAAGUCACCAUCCUUGGCUUCGGCAAUGCCUUUGGCGCCUCGUACCUCGUCCUGUGGUGCGGGAUACUCGGCAUCGUGUACACCGUGAUGCAGCUGACUGGGCAACUUGUUCUCGCACUGGCGGCAAUCGCGGUUCUGGCGCACGUCGAGGUCGUAGACAGCGUUCGCGACGUGCGCGCGCUCGAGGCCGCCUUCGCCUCCAAGACGCCCUCCGCCGCGCUCGACGCCGACGGGCGCCCCACCCCGGCCGUUCGCUUCGCAGAGAUCCUGCCGCUCGCCCUCCUCUCCCUGCACACCUUCUACGCGACGGGCCACCAGUCUGCCGUCGCGUCGAUCCAGUGGAAGGCCGCGUUCGUGCUCACGCCGACGCUCAACUUCGGGUGGUCGCUCGUGACGGUCGUGCUGAACACGCUCGGCCCGCAGUUCCUGCUCGCGCUCGCGGUCCCGCUCGUGGCGCUCUGGAACGUCGAGCCGCUGCCACACCCUGCCGCCGACGUGUUCGUGACCGGAGGCGCGGUGCGCGCGGCGCUGGGCAUGAUGCUGUACCAUUCGUUGCUCCUGCUGGGCAGCGCGGCGAGCUCGGCGUGGCUUCGCAGGCAUCUGAUGGUGUGGAAGGUCUUUGCGCCUAGGUUCAUGAACGCGGCUGUCACGAUGAUCGCGGUGGACGUCGCGGUUCUGCUGGGUGUUGGGGUCGGAGUGGGGAGGAUCACUGCCCAGGCGGCGAAGUUGUUUGGGGGAAUGGGACAGCAACAAUCCUCGGACAACGCACAACGUCCUGAAAGUAAGAAAUAAUCAUCCUUAUGCGAUGUGAUGCACAUCCCUUGUUGGGGAGGAAUAGAAGUCGGAUGGUCAGCCACCGGUGGCUGAUGAGCGUGUGUCAAGCGGCUAAACAGCAACGGGGGACGCUUCAUCCACAAUCUACACGAUUGUUCUCCUAGAGCAACUCGGGUCAGUGGUCCUCCAGCCUAACCGACUGACAUAACUCACAGAUCCCUGAGCUCGCUGCCUCGCGUGCACCAACUGUCC